GCCUGGGGGGGCUGCAAAAAGAGAGAAAGAAAACAGCAGGAACCACAACAAAACGCCAGCCGGGCGGGCGGGCGCGCAGCAGCAGCGGGGCGGCCGAGGCAGUAGCGGCGGCAGCGGCGGCGGCGGCGGAGGCAGCGGCUGGUGCCCGGCUCGGGCUCGGCUCCCGCGACCCCGGGGCGCCGGGCGGGCCCCCCGCCCCCUCCCCCUCCCCCCUUCCCCUUCCCCUUCCCCUCCCAGCGCGCCCGCGCGCCCCGCGGCCCUCGGCGAGCAGCUCGGCUCCCCCCAGCGCUCCCCGGGCCCAAAGAUAUGGCAAUGGUAGUUAGCAGCUGGCGAGAUCCGCAGGACGACGUGGCCGGGGGCAACCCCGGCGGCCCCAACCCCGCAGCGCAGGCGGCCCGCGGCGGCGGCGGCGCCGGCGAGCAGCAGCAGCAGGCGGGCUCGGGCGCGCCGCACACGCCGCAGACCCCGGGCCAGCCCGGAGCGCCCGCCACCCCCGGCACGGCAGGGGACAAGGGCCAGGGCCCGCCCGGCUCGGGCCAGAGCCAGCAGCACAUCGAGUGCGUGGUGUGCGGGGACAAGUCGAGCGGCAAGCACUACGGCCAGUUCACCUGCGAGGGCUGCAAAAGUUUCUUCAAGAGGAGCGUCCGCAGGAACUUAACUUACACAUGCCGUGCCAACAGGAACUGUCCCAUCGACCAGCACCACCGCAACCAGUGCCAAUACUGCCGCCUCAAGAAGUGCCUCAAAGUGGGCAUGAGGCGGGAAGCGGUUCAGCGAGGAAGAAUGCCUCCAACUCAACCCAAUCCAGGCCAGUACGCACUCACCAACGGGGACCCCCUCAACGGCCACUGCUACCUGUCCGGCUACAUCUCGCUGCUGCUGCGCGCGGAGCCCUACCCCACGUCGCGCUACGGCAGCCAAUGCAUGCAGCCCAACAACAUCAUGGGCAUCGAGAACAUCUGCGAGCUGGCCGCGCGCCUGCUCUUCAGCGCCGUCGAGUGGGCCCGCAACAUCCCCUUCUUCCCGGAUCUGCAGAUCACCGACCAGGUGUCCCUGCUACGCCUGACCUGGAGCGAGCUGUUCGUGCUCAACGCAGCCCAGUGCUCCAUGCCGCUGCACGUGGCGCCGCUGCUGGCCGCCGCCGGCCUGCACGCCUCGCCCAUGUCCGCCGACCGCGUCGUGGCCUUCAUGGACCACAUCCGCAUCUUCCAGGAGCAGGUGGAGAAGCUCAAGGCGUUGCACGUCGACUCGGCCGAGUACAGCUGCCUCAAAGCCAUCGUGCUGUUCACGUCAGAUGCCUGUGGCCUGUCGGAUGCCGCCCACAUCGAGAGCCUGCAGGAGAAGUCGCAGUGCGCGCUGGAGGAGUACGUGAGGAGCCAGUACCCUAACCAGCCCAGCCGCUUCGGCAAACUGCUCCUACGACUGCCCUCGCUGCGCACCGUAUCCUCCUCGGUCAUCGAGCAGCUCUUCUUCGUCCGUUUGGUAGGUAAAACCCCCAUCGAAACUCUCAUCCGCGAUAUGUUACUGUCUGGGAGCAGCUUCAACUGGCCUUACAUGUCUAUCCAGUGCUCCUAGACCUUGGGCGCUUCCCACCUGCCCCCACCCCCUAGAGACUCACAGGACCGGCGGGGGGCCGUGGACUCCAAUGCCGCGGGGACACCAGGCGGCCGAUGCAGGGUGCGGUGGGCCGGGCAGCGGGGAGGAGGGCCAGGGCGACAGGAGCAGCCCACCGUGCAGAAAUGCAACCCGAGCUGCAAACCAGGAGAAAAAGAGACUCUUUUUAGUGUCAGAUCUGUGGACACGUUGGAAAGGAAAGGAAAAAGACCUUGUGUCUGAUGAGAAAAAGAAAAAAAUUUGGAAGAGAGGACCAUGAAAAUUUUAAUAAAACAGAAGGAGACUAACGGACCUUCCAGGAUUUAUUGUGGACAGAUGUGGAUAUAUUCUGUACAGAAAACAACACACAUGGAAGUGGACCGAAUCCUAUGUAGAAACACACACACACACACACACACACACACAUUGUUAUUCAUUUUGUAAAAUACUAGUCUUUAUUUUCAUUUUUUUGUAAAAUUUAAACAUCGUAUGCACAUAAAAAAGAAACAAGAAUUAGGGGAAAAUAACAUUUUCCAAAUAAUUAUAAAAAAAUUGUCCUGUGUCUAUGUAUCUAUAUCUGUUUUGUAUUUUUUUCUGGUUCCAAACCAGAUUUCCUGUGAUUCUAUACUAAUAAUUUUUGAUAUAACCCUUUGCUUCUUAUAAUGAGUGCGAUAUAUGUUGUCGAGGCUGUUCUUCAAGAAUUAAAAUUGAAGUGAAAAUUUAAACAAAAAAUAAAAGAAUUUAGCAAAA